UUCAAUGCAGGUUCCGAUUUACUGAGAGGUUAUCUGAAAUAAGGUCGCAGAACUUAUCGUUUUCAUAAUGAGCGCGUUUCUGGUGAGACUCGAUUAUGGUCUUAGCGAUCUCCGAUACAUGGAAUUGGAGCGAAGUGGUCGAAUUGACGGGUGUUCAAACGGAUACGAGAAGAAUCCGAGGAUAACCGUCGCAUGUUAUUUUGAACGCUCGCAAAGGGAGGGAAUUAAUGCGAGAACGCGGUUUCGGCUGCAUAUCCACAAACAGUUGAAUGGGGCAAAACUUGGAACAACCUGUACGAAGCAACUUAGCUUGGAGAAAAUCUUCUCCAUUGAAGAGGAUCCAAGUGGAUCAUUCGUACUAACCCCGGUUCCAACGCUGGAACAUCGCUUCAACUUCUUGAUAUGCAUCAAUGGUGAUGUUCUGCAUGUUGAUGUGAAACCCGUGUGUGUUUUAAAGCAUGGAGACGUCAUCGAGGGCAUGUUCCCUACAAUUCCUUGCUUCCGGAUCAUGUUCUUCCUGAGUGAUGAGCGUCACAACGAAGAGCGAUCCCAUCAGCAUUCGCCUCUCCUUUCGUGUCCUAGACGCGUUCUCGAAAAUAUCAUGAAGUAUUUGACUCCAUUUGAAGCGAUGAGCUUACAACAGGAGCUUAAGGCACAAGAGAAACCCCAGUGUUCACAAGGUAAACCUGUGUACGAGCUGAAGACCAAAGUCGUUUCUGGGUAUGUUCGGAAGGUAUCAGUGGACUUCAAAGUGGACUCGAAGUUUCAAACAAUUCCGCCGCUGGAUAUGUUGCGAUCGUUUUUCAAACACUUCAGUUGGCGAAAACUGGAAGUGUUGGAUAUUGCCUCUUUGGAGUCCAACAAAGAUGUGUGGGUCGAAUUUAUGUUCAGAAGUGGAAAAUCGCUGAUGCAGUUGAAGACGCUGACAGUGCGUGAUCUAGUCCUGGGGAACUCGCUACUGAUGACGACGAGAUUUGCCAAGUUGAUACUUCCCAAUUGUCGAGAAGUCACUCUGUGGUGUGAAAUGGAACUAAUGUAUUUUACAUUUGUGGACUUGACACCGUGUUUUCCCAGGAUGAAGAAACUGAAUCUCUAUCACGCUUUGAUACAAGGUGAAUUGAUUUCAGCCUCCAAUGAGGGACGACCACUUGUUUCACAUCCUUUUGUUCCUGGGUUUCCUGACUUAAUUGGUUCUGGUUUGCUUUCAAGUUUGCAUGCCUACAUGUUGCCAGUGAAAUUGGAUGAAGAGGAUUAUUGGGAAGAGGCUCAAGAUAUGGGGAUUUUUGAAAAUCUUGAAUCUCUGAGCUUGAAUGGAUAUCUUUUCCGUCACAUCCCAGCUGUUCGUAAUGGAAAUACAUUUUUUCCAAAGGACGUGAAUGAGAUACUCCAAGCCUUGAGGACGUUCAAGGGACUCAAGAAUGUUAUAUUGGUGUUGAACAAGCAGUUUAAUGGAAGCAAAAAUGCCGUGUCUGAACUAAAAAGCUUCGUGGAAACGCUGCGGAAAUGCUUCGGCCCAGAAAGUGCUUUGAAACAAGCUUCACUCAUUUAUGAGUUGGAACAGGGCCACUUUCAUCUAACUUACAACAUCGAGUACCGAAAGAAGAUGGAAUUCUCCCCUACGUUCAUCACAAGAUUUUAUCCCGAAUGGCUCAAGCAUGUUCCGACCUGGGCGUCACAGUGUGAAUUUUCAGUUUUCGAGACAAUUUUGACCAUCUUCAAUCGACGGAUUUGGCCUCGGGCGUGA